GGGCACGUUCCGUGACGAGCCGGCUACGCACGCUUUAUCAGGCGUCUUCCCGCGCGAGUGCCUCUCUGUUCUCCCCGUUCCUCAGAGCUCGCUGUGUCUCCGGCCUUUUGGCUUUUAAUUUUUCCAGGAUUUACAUUCUGCCAUGUCUUCUGAAGAGGGGAAACUCUUCGUGGGAGGGCUCAACUUCAACACCGAUGAGCAGGCACUCGAAGACCACUUCAGCAGCUUUGGGCCUAUCUCUGAGGUGGUUGUUGUCAAGGACCGGGAGACUCAAAGAUCCCGGGGUUUUGGCUUCAUCACCUUCACCAACCCAGAACAUGCCUCAGACGCCAUGAGAGCCAUGAAUGGAGAGUCUCUGGAUGGGCGCCAGAUCCGUGUGGACCAUGCAGGCAAGUCUGCCCGGGGAACUAGAGGGGGUGCCUUUGGGGCCCAUGGGCGCGGUCGCAGCUACUCUAGAGGUGGUGGAGACCAGGGCUAUGGAAGUGGAAGAUACGACAGUAGACCUGGAGGAUAUGGGUACGGGUAUGGCCGGUCUAGAGACUACAGUGGCAGAAGCCAGGGUGGUUAUGAGCGCUAUUCAGGAGGAAAUUACAGAGACAAUUAUGACAACUGAGAUGGGGCAUGCACACAUAAUGUAGAUACACAAGGAAUAGCACUUCUGAUCCAGGAUCGUCCUUCCAAAUUGCUGUAUUUAUAAAGAUUUUUGGAGCUGCGCUGAAACAUCUAUUUAGUACAUCAAGUUCUAUUUUUGAAUUGAGCUCCCAACGUAGUUUGAUAAAGACCUCUUAGAAAGCUCCAUGUGUUUAAACAUAUUUUUCCUUUUAAAGACAAAUUUUAAGACAUUGGUUAUGGUACCAAUAUUCCUUUAUGCCCAAAAAAAGUUGUUUAUUUCUGGCCAGAAAGGUAGUCAAGCUAAUGCUUUGAAAAUUAAUAUGUAUUUAGGGACUUUUUAAAAUAGUUGUACACAAUGUUUAUUAUGGACAGAAAGUGAUUUCUGAAUGUACCUAUGAGCAAUCUGAAUCAAGAUCAUGACUACCUAGACAUGUUUUUUUAUUCAAGCACUGUCCUGGUUAUAGAAGAGCUUCUUUAAAAUGUUUGUGAAUGUCAUUUUUUUAAUACUGGAAGAAAAGAUAUUCUGUUGUGUUUGAUGUGUUUAGGAUGUCCUUUAUGGAGCUAAUUAAAACAUGAAACCUGAACACAAA